AUGGGUAAAACUAGAAGUAGUAGAUAUUCAAAUAUCUACGAAUUUACAGAUAAUAUCUUAUUAAGUAUUUUUAAAGAAUUAUCAGAUCCCGAAUUACGUUCUUGUAUAUUGGUGAAUAAAUCUUGGUGUAAUGUGGCUUUACCUUUACUUUGGGAAGAUCCAUUAUCAUGGGGAGCUCCGAUUAUAGAAAUUUAUUUGAAUUUUUUAUCAUCAGAACAAAGAAAAUCCAUUUCAAAAAUUGGAGUUUAUUUACCUAAUUUACCAAAAAAUUCAAAACCUAUUUACUAUUAUCCAGAAUAUAUUAAAAAAUUUAGUUAUAACGAAUUACAUGAGGCAGCAUAUUCUUGGCUUCUUGAAAGUAGAAAUAUUUCUAAAGCUUAUAAAGAUUUAUUUGAUAAAAGUUUUAAUCAAUUGGAAUCGGAUUAUAAUCCAAAUUUAAAAAUAAUAAUUAAGAUGAUGACAAGUUUAAUGUAUCAUUUAAUUAAAUUAUUAUUUCUUUCAUCCAAAGGAUUUGAAAUGAUUGAUUUAUCAACUUCAUAUAAAAGUGUAGGAAUUCCACCAGUAUUAGUGAAAAUACCGGAUAUGUUAAAGAUAGUAUUUACAGAUUUAAAACAUUUAAAAGUACAUACGAAUUAUGCGGAUAGUAAGGUUACAACGGAAAGAUUAGAUUCAGCCAAUAAAUUAUUUACAAAGAUAGUAGAAUAUUGUAAUAAUUUAGAAUAUCUUGAUGCCAAAGAUUAUUCAAAUGAAAAGAAUGAAAUGAGACAAUUAUUUAGAUUGGUGGGAGUUCAAAAGAAUCUGAAAUUUUUUACAGCCAGAAAUUUUGAACUUUGGCCUAAUUUAAUGGUUAAUUUAGGUGAAGCAACACAGAAUAGUUUAGUAUCUUUUAAUUUAUCUGGAGUUCCAAUUGAUAUUCAUUUAUUGGAAUAUUUGUCUCAUUAUAAUAAUAAAUUAUCUACCGGAUCAUCUUCCAGGUCAUCAAUUACAUUAAUUACUGUCAAAGAAUUAUACUUUUAUAAAAAUAGACUCGAAUCAAAUACAUUAAAAUCAAUAUUAAGAUUGGUGGGAAAAAAUUUGAAAAGUUUAACCGUAGUUAAUAAUAAUACAGAAGCAAUUAUUCAAGGAAUUAAUAAAUUUUGUCCAAAUCUUAAAUAUUUGGCUUUGACAAUUUAUUCAGAUACCAAAUUUUCAACAUUUACGGAUUGGUUAACUAUUUCAAAAUUAGAAACCUUAAUAUUAGGAACUUUACAAUCAAAUAUUCAUUAUUUUUCUGAUUUACCACAAAUUGAAUUAGGGGAAAUUCUUAAAGAUUUAGGAAAUCAUUUUCCGAUUUCAUUAAAAUGUGUAGAUUUUGAUUUUGAAAUUACCCCUCAUCAAUUAGAAAUCUUUUUACAACGUAGUAAUCAAGUUUUUGAAGAAUUAGGAUUACAUCAAGCAUCCGGAUUAGAAGAUAAACAUUUAAAGAUUAUUAAGAAUCAUGCGAAAUUAACCAAAAAAUUAAUAGAAGUUACAUUUGAUAGAGUUUAUUGGAUAAUUGGAGAUGAUAUAAAUGAAGAAAAACCUGAUCGAUCAUUUUUUUCUAAUAAAUCUUUAGCUGAUGCAGAGAAAUAUAUUAAAACUAUUACUUCAACUUCAAUUGAUCCUUUCAUUGAUCCACUUAAAAAAUUAUUUAGAGUUCAUGAUAUAGAAGUAAUGGAUACUGAAGAUAUGAUUAAAAAUGAAAUUGAAGAUUGGUAA